AUAGUUUCACGGCAUAAAAAUAUUUUGUUACAAAAAUCGUUAUUACGCUGUAAAGAAGCAAAAACGUUCUGCGGAGUGUUCCCCGAUUCAAGGCUUUGCACAGCAGUAUCAGAACCUUGUCCUCUUCUGCAGCUUCCAUCAUGCAUCGCGGCCAAUGUGGCAAACACUGUGUUGGUUAAUCUGAGCGAGGAAGCAGAAGGUUUAUGGUACUUGGGUUACCUACAAGACAUCGAUGGUGAUCAGGUGUUCAUCGACCUGGACUGCGCUAAAAUUCCACCUUCGUGGAUACACACCCGGUAUGUUUGGUACCACAGACGUUUCCGAGGUAUGGAUUCCGAGGGAAUCGCAGAUGUAUACGUUGCCAAACGGGAAGAAGAAGACGGUCCCUAUGUAUUCCGUUCGGCAAAGGUUGUGACCUUUCAUGGCUCUUAUCGAGACUAUGACUUUCUUAAUCCGACAUACGUGUUCAUAAAUCCUACUGAAAAUGGCGACGAUAUUGGAUGGCAGGAUGAAAUCGUGCAUCCGUGGCAGGUGGUUGGACGAUUACCAGUUCAAGGGCAGGACGCAUCGUUUUUUCAGCGCCCACAGUUAUAUAGCGGCUUGCCUUUCAAGCAUGUAGUUAAUCUGGAUGAGACCAGCGUCAUCAGUGGUGCUAUUGACGAACACAGAAUUCGGAGAGCCAUCGAUGUGGCGUUCCACCUAUGGGACACUUCUCUAACGAACGCUGACCGCGUUUUUGUUAGGUUUGAGAAAGGUUCGAUGAUUUUCAUAUUUUUUCAUAUCUUCCUUUUGGAUGACCCGAUCAAAGACGCUACUGGCGUCUUUGCUCCGUCAUCGGCCAACAAACUUCGGUCUGCGUUGGAAAUGCGGUAUUUCGGGUAUAACGACAAACCGGCAAACGCAGAAAUCGCACGGAGCAGUCCAUUUGUAACAGAUGCAGAGAAAAUCUCCUUUAUCACCCUUCCUUGGCACGUUUUAUCAGAAUCCCUGCUUUAUUUGGAUAUGCAUUCUCGGACUUCCGCCAGACGUGUGGCCUCCUCUUGGAAGAAGAUAUUAACGUGUUCUCUGGCAUCUGUCCACAUUCGCAUUGAUUUCAGCACUAUCAGCAAGGAGCCGACAACUUACAUGGACACGGAAAUUUAUUACGUUGUAUUCCUACUAAAUCGAGUGAUUAAGAAAAACAUAAAGGGCUUAGCUUGUGACAACCUCAGCCAUCGUUUAGAAGGCCGGAUCAUGAUGCAGCUGAUCUCCUUCAUACUGCGACGCAAGGGAUUAAAGUUAAGCCUAAUCUUGCUGAAAAAUUGCAGGAUCGCUGGUGGCGUUAUACCAGAGACUCUGGAAGACGCCGCAGCGUCGUGGAAUGAAUUUUUGCAUUUUCCCGUUUUACUGCCAUACUGCCGGCGUUUUGUAGCAGUUAACUGGGCUUAUACGCAUUCCCUGUUCAGCCAUAUCGGAUUUGUCGGCAACCGUCCUACGCCACCUGCCUGCUACAGUAUUUCGAGUCCAGUCAAGCGGUGUUAUUUGGCAGUGAUUCCAUUAAUGAAGUUUGAUUGUUCUGCCGAUCCCCAAGAUGUCGUGCUGCAUUUCUUGGCUAUGCUAGAAUCUCACUGUCCUCCUGUGGUCGAGUGUGCGGAUGUAAAAGAUUUAUUCAAAACUGUCCACGCUGGCUGGCUCAGCACCGUGCCCUAUCCAGAGGGUUGGGCGGGAUUCAGGAGAAUGUUGAAAGCCUUGGAUUUCAAAGGGUUUGGAAGUACUGGCGCAUUUUGGGACAACCUGGACUUGAGAGACAUUUCUGGUAUCCCUUUAAAUAACAUCGUUUUGCGCUGGGUUGGAUCGCAUUACCUGUAAUACGCAUUUUAUUGUAUCAGACCGGCAUUGACAGACCCUUGCACAAAUUACAAUAACAAGCACUCAUGCUGCUGGGGAACAGCUACGAGUGCGAGUACUGUACACUGCAGCUCCAACUCAAAUUAACGACCUACCGAUUUUGCUGUUUCAUUAGAUAAGUUUCAUUAUUUAAGUAAUAAUAAUAAAUUAUUGCGGUACCGUUGGGGACCGGGGUUGUACAUGUACAGUGCCUAGAUCGAUUUUCUUAAUAUCUAUAUACAAUAGAUAUUCAGUCAACUCAUGUAGCUAGUAAGUGCAGUGGCAUAGUCUUGGUAUGCGCGAUGUUAUUUGUUUUUAGAACUAUUUCUUUGUUUUUUAUUAGUACCUGUAAUAGAAUUUCAAACAGUUUUUGAUGCGGUAAAUUUGCCUGAAUUGUCUACGUGCAGGCAGCAUGUUCGAAUGUUUUUAGUUAACGUACUGUACGCAUAGCAGGCGUAGAUAUAUAGAUAUAUAUGUUUACCUUUGCAGGUGCUCCUUUUAAUUAAAUAAAAUGCCUCUUUAAUGGGCAAUAGCCGCCAAGAUAACAACGAUUGCGAGCGCCGGUACACUACGUGAAAUUUAAAAUUAAAUUAAAUAAAAUUAGUUUAAAAAACAAAUAAAUAGUGAAGUUUUGUCUACAAAAAGUCAUGCAAAGCAUAAUCUGGAAAAUAUGAAGGUUGAAAAGUAAGCAGAAUUUGGACAACUUUAGACCUUGCAACCUGCAUUGCAGUUUUUAUAUAUGUACUACAAAGUAGUACAGUGUUUACAAUAAUCUUCAAGUUUUCUGUGGCUGCUGCAUAUUGAACGUUCAAAACUAAAAUGAGUAUACUGGAACAAAAGUCGGUUCUUCGUUAAUGGAGUUUGCAUCCAAACGGGCAUCAAGACAGUUUUCUCAGAUGUGUGAGACUGCGACUACCUAUGUCUACUGAUACGGCGAUUGCAUUAAAAAAGAGAUGACGCGGAACAAAAUGCCCAGAACCAGACCUGGAAGGUUACUGGAAGUGAAUUAAAAUAGGUAAGUACGUGCUUACCGGUAUCGGCAACUGACCGCAAGCGCAUGAUAUGGUCAGGUACAGUACGUAAGGCUACACAUAAAGAAUUUGUGUCGCAAUGUGAACCGCUAUUGAGGUGGGGCUUGCUUCCAUUACUUCAGCCUGAACACCGGUUUAAGCGUGAUGUCAGGUUGCUGACCAUGAGGUGAGUGAGAUCUCCAUUUGAAAUUUUGAUCUUUGCAUUUCAGCUUGACAAAUUUUCAUUUCUUAUUAGACCUUUAUUCUGCCGUUGGAAGCUCUUAUUCCUCGUUCCGUCCUUUUCCCGUUUUCUUCUUUAGACAUUAAAAUGUCAGUGCCCGUGCCUCAGGGAAAUCAAAAUCUUCCUGGACGUGAAGUCCACUUCUUGAUACAUAAUGCCGAAAUCCUGGCCAUGGCCAACAACAACGCGUUCAGCGGCAUUAAUGCAGCUUUCGACUUUUUGACCCACAUUAACGGGGGACAGCUGGCAGAUUAUUUUUAUCAAAGAUUCGUAUGGGAUGCUCCGCAGCAUGUCAUCCUGUUUUGCACAUCCCUGGCCGAAUACGAGCAGCAUGUGGAGCACACCGCAUUUGUGCCGGGAGUCAAAAUCCAAAAAAUGCAGGUUAUCUACUGACUGUAGGAUCCCGGAAAGGAACGAGAUGUACCACCGAUUUCUGUAUUUCUGUUUCAUGUUCAAUUGUGGCUUCCGCGCUGCUUGAAUGCUCGUAGUCAGGACAAAGAAAAAUAAAAUUGCGAAAUGAUCUGA